AUGGCUGACCAACUGACUGAAGAGCAGAUUGCAGAAUUCAAAGAAGCUUUUUCACUAUUUGACAAGGAUGGCGAUGGAACUAUAACAACAAAGGAACUGGGAACUGUAAUGAGGUCUCUUGGGCAGAAUCCCACAGAAGCAGAGUUACAGGACAUGAUUAAUGAAGUAGAUGCUGAUGGUAAUGGCACAAUUGACUUCCCGGAAUUUCUGACAAUGAUGGCAAGAAAAAUGAAAGACACAGAGAGUGAAGAAGAAAUUAGAGAAGCAUUCCGUGUGUUUGAUAAGGAUGGUAAUGGCUAUAUUAGUGCAGCAGAGCUCCGCCAUGUGAUGACAAAGCUUGGAGAGAAGUGA